GAAGUGUCUAUUUAACUGACUAGUGGAUUAUCAGCGGUAGAAAGAGAGUUGCGAAUACAGACUGUCAAUCUUGAUGCUGUUAUUUGCAUCAUUGAGAGACAGUAACUCUGAUACUGAUCGACAUGACCAUCAUCGGGAGAUCUCGGUGUCUUCAGUUGCUGACUAUUUUUCUACUCGUCGGACUGACGAUUCAACGAGAAACUGCGCAAGAGUGCGGACGAACAAAGUGCAAAACUGAAGGCAUACCCAAGUUCAAGUACAACGUAGGAACGAUUUAUCAUUACAAUCACAAUGUCAACGUGAGUCUCAAUCUCGGAAACGAAUCGACAGCGUCGAAUCUCUUCAUCACAUCCGCCGUAGAAAUUGAAUUUACAACGGCGUGUGAAGCUGAUCUUCGAAUCACCGAUUCGACUAUUGCCCAGCGCGUGAAAUCCAAGGACGAGGCGAAGUAUCCGGACCGCGCGGAAACGAAAUUCAAAGAGCAGCUUCAAAAAUACAGUCUGCGAUUUGCCUUUGAGGAUGGGCUUGUUCGAGAGUUGUGCCCCCACCCGAGGGAGACCAUCUGGAGUCUCAACAUCAAACGCGGCAUUCUGUCGAUGCUUCAAAAUACCAUGAAGCGAUUCGACGUCGAUCAUCACGAUAACGAGCUGGACGUCAUCGGAAUCUGCGACACGCGCUAUCGACUUCACGAGGCGAGGAAGACUAGUCUCAUCAUCACGAAGGUCAAGGACUUGGACAGCUGCUCCAACCGGGGCAAACAUCUAUCGAUAAUCCAAUCCAGUGGAUACACGAGCCCCCGGAAGCACUCGAAGAACGGUCUUCUGGAUUCUCACAUGAACUGCGAAAUCGUUAUCGAUCACAAUAUUUAUGAAAGCGUCUCCUGCAAGGAGAGUCACACGCUGAAGGCACUGUCCAAUCGCGACGCCGCUGUCAAGACCACUGUCAACUCAGACCUAGUGCUAACCGAAGAAGUGAAGAAGGAAGACGCUCUCUCAAGCUUCGACUACGAAGACGAGGAGAACGCGAAGAUCAGUUACAGCAACAUAGUUCCAACGAAUCUCCUGUACGAUCACUCGUCGGAGGUGUCAGCAGGCAAAACCAGUCACUCAGAGCUGCGCACCUCGAGAGAUCUCUUGAAGAACAUGUGCCUUCUGGGGACCAGCGGCCAGCUGGAGCAGCAGUUCUCGGAGAUGUUCACCAAGUUCAUUCACUCGGCGCGGGCCCUCGAUUACCCCUCACUAUCGCAGUUAUUGUACCGAGCCGACAGCAUCUGCAUCGGGGGAAAGAGGCACAUCCUGGACGCUCUUCCCUUCAUCGGCUCCGGGGCAUCCCUCAAGGUCAUGAGGGACACAAUGUCCAAGAAGAUGGUGGACAAGGACAGGAGUGACAAGUGGGUGACCGCCAUCGCUCUGGUCCCUCGGCCAGACGCAUCAACAGUCGCUGCAUUGCUAUCACUUCUCGAGUUGGAGCGAGACAUGCCUGACGCACAUUUGACUCUAGUUUACUCAGCAGUUGUCCACGCGUUCUGUCAGAAUGACGCGGCCAUGAACAAGUGGAGGCACCGCGAGCAGGCGGGGGGGUUCUUCCAGAAUGACGACUGUUUGUCGAUCGAAGGAACCGGCAUAAACAAAUUCAUGGCGAGACUGGAGGACACUAUCGAGCGAGGCUGCACCCCGCGAUUUCAUAAAUUAGAGGAGAAUAUGAAGACCUUGGAGGCGCUGAAGGCCAUCGGGAACAUGGGACUGGAGACCGAGGGAAUUUUGAGGAAACUCAAGACGUGCGUCAACGACGCGGGAGGAUUUCUCCCCAUGGAGACGAGUCUCGCUGCUAUCGAGGCCCACAGAAGGCUACCGUCGUGCCAAGAAACUAGAGAUAAAAUUUUCCUGGAACUCUAUCGAAAUGUUACCUAUGAUCCCGAGAUAAGGAUUGCCUCUUAUUUACAAGUCAUGCGCUGCCCAGAUUACACUGUAAUCAAAACGAUAAAACGCAUUCUGAGGGAGGAGCCGGUCAAUCAAGUCGGCUCCUUCGUGUGGAGUCAUUUAACUAAUUUACAUGCGUCAUCGUCACCCACGAGAAUUGAAAUACAGAGUUUGCUGACGGAUCGCGACCUCGGGGACAAGUUCAACAGCGACGCUAGGAAAUAUUCAAGAAAUUAUGAGACAUCUUUCUUCUCGGAGGAGUACAACGUCGGUGGAACAUUCCAGAGUAAUGUCAUAUUUUCAUCGAAAUCUUAUGUCCCACGAACAUUGACAUUCAAUGUCUCGUUGGAUUUAUUCGGCGAGUCUGUCCACGUGUUCGAAGCUACAAUCAGAAUGGAGGGGAUGGAGUAUUACGCGGAAAAGUUCUUCGGCCCCGACGGACCACUCGCGAACGAGAAGAUUUCCCGUCACAUUGCGAGCUUCCUCAGGAAAAUCAGAUCUCCUGAUGAUGUCAAUGCCAUUUGGGACAGCGUGAAACGUCUGCCGAACAUAAUAGACAAUAACUUUGACGACCCCAGGAUCAGCAUCUCCUACAAAAUAUUCGGGAAUGAACUGGACUUCAAGACGUUGAGGGGAAAGGACGAUAUUGCCAGGAAUGUUCUUGCUUUAGAUCCCUGGACCAAGAUAUUGAAACUAUUCUCCGGUAAAGAACUGCGUUAUGAUAAUGCUGCCAUGUUCUUGGAUUCCAGUUAUAUUGUGUCGAGCACAGUGGGACUACCGGUGAGACUGGAUCUCACGGGAUCUGCUGCUUGCAAUCUUAAACUCUCCGGUCUCCUCGAUGCCGGCGAGUCCUCGAAGAAAACGGAAAUCCAAUUCGCUGGGAAUUUGGCGCCGAGUGUCAGCGUUGACGUCACUGGGAAGAUGACUGUGGACGCAUUCUACAAAAGCGCAGCUAUCAAACUCAGAAGUAACAUCUACUCGUCGAGUGCAGUUAGAUUGAAACUGGAAAUCAAGGGGAUGGAGCUGAUCAGACUCAAUGUGGGGCUUCCUAAUCGCAAGCUGGAAGUGUUCUCCAUGAGGACGGACAUUUUACUGGUCAGUGGGAACGAGGGAGCCACGACGGAGACGUCGGCGAUAGGCUCGUUGAGACAUCAGCCCGUCUAUUUCGCCAACACCACGUGCAGCUGGCCAGUUCUCGAACGAUUGAUCGGGCUCAAGAUGUGUCUUGAUUAUCAAUUUCCGAAUACCACUGAAAUCACUGAUGCCUCGUACUUCUUGCUCAAUGGACCCACGUUAUUCAGAACUUUGAUUAUCAAGGCUGAUCCCACAGCUGAGAGCUAUUUGUUUGAAUACAAGUGGAAUGCGUCUCCGACGGAGAGCAUCAUAAAGCUCGCAUUCGACACCCCAGGCUCUAAAAUCCAUCGCGAAGCCAGUGCAGUCCUCAUGUUCGACGCGCCAAAUCGAAACGUAAGUCUGCUCCUCUCCUCGGCAGGCAACAGCCUCGUGGCGAAGGGCACGUACAAACGCACCGACGACGAAGCCAUGAUCGACGUCGGUCUCGACGUCAACGGCACCAAGCACCUCCAAGGGUACAUGGGCUACGUCCGCAAGAAAGGCAACUACGGCUACACCUACAGCCCCAAAAUGUACCUCGCCAUAAACGGGGAGCGAGUGGCGGAGCUCCAAGGGACCAUCAGAGACGCUCACAAGAACAACGUCUCCCAGUGCGACAUCGACCUGACCUUCGAGACGAAGAGAGUCAAGAGCAGAGUAAUGGGAUACGUGAUGACGAGGGCCACCAGUUUAACCGGGAACAUAAAACUGGAGUAUCAGUUCCAACAGACGAUGAGGAAUGAGACCCUCCAGGUGGAGAUCGCCUUGGCGAAUAGAUCAACGAAGACGUUAACCCAUAAAGAGGCCAAUCUGAAGAUCCAGUCCAGCGCUUAUCCCCAAUUGAACGCCAUCAUCAACAGCUGGUAUCAGCAAGCGCUCGGUCACCUCGAACUCCACCUGGAGAUCAACGGAAAGCCCCACCUGAGGGACGAUCGCCACAAAUUGACAGCCCAAUUAGUCCUAACUCAUUCCAAAGCCUAUUUCCAGAGUGAGGAGGCCAAGAUAAACGCCUACUUCGCCCUCACCAAGCCCAUUCAAAACCUCGACAUUAAAAUCGGAAUCCAGAGAUUCUCCGUUGGUCCCGCGUCGAAGACGUACUUCCUGGUGAGAUAUGCGCCGGGAAAGGAGAUCACUCUAGCCAUCAACUUGAUCACCCCUAGGGGGAGCAUGUACGCUGUUGAGGCGCACGUGAAUAUGACAAUUCCAAACCUCGAGUCUCUGAUCAUCGACGUGAAAAUAACGGAGAAAGCGAGACGAGAGUACGACAUAGACUUCGCUGGCACUUGGUUCAGUGGACACAACGUCACAAUGCGAGGCACUUAUGCUGACAGAUCUUCAGGGGUUCCUGGGCUCACUGGAGCCCCGCGCAUCGUCAGUCACAAUCUGAAGCUCCUUGUGAGAUCCCCGAAUCUCGAGAGGGAUAUCUUGAUCAAUUGUAAACUCUAUCGGGACCUCACUGACGUCAAACUCGACGUCAAUGUCGAGUAUUUGGAUGCCGAUAAAUACGCCCUCAAGUUCGAACACUCGGAGGUGCAUCUGGGAAAGUUCACGACGUGCGCCGAGGCGAGGUACAGGAACAAUGUCUACGCAGUCACUGCCAAUGUCGAUGUGCAGCGGGAGAUCAGGAUGGAGAUCCAUCUGGAUCGCUGGAGGGACGUGCACCUCGUUCUCACUGGUAUCAACGAAGAAACCAACAAAGAAUUUGGAAUUGAGAUAAAGUGGGAUGCGAAUCGCGAUCCAGAGUUAAAAUUCGCGACUCUCCUGCAGUUGGCGAAACAUUACGAAGACACAGGGAUCACUUACUCCCACAAUCUAACGGCGUACGUCAUGGUGACGUACCCUGGGAGACUCUUCACGACUUCGGGUUUACUGGCCAUGAGGAACGGUAAUAAUUAUGUUCUCGAUGGGAGGGUCGUCUGGGAGCCACAGAGCAUCAUUCAAUUCGGCGUGGACAUUGACUUCGACCCCGACAACUGGAGGAAUUCAGCCAAGUUCGACGGACAGAUUCUGACGCCCUUCGAGGGCUGGAGGAAGACCAGUUUGAACGCCAAAUACAACUGGACAGAGAAAACCCUUGGGAUCAAUUGCGACGCGCACUGGCAGGAUAACGAAAAAUUCCUGGUGCAUCUGCUGGCGAAUUAUGACGAAUUGGACGACGGGGGGGACGAGUACAGAGCUGACUGUGGAUUGAUCAGUUCGAUUCAUAACAUGGGCUGGAUGACAGCUAACGUCACCCACAGGCUCUCUCGAAGUGACCAGACCUCGAGUAUGGAUUCCACUCUUCUUGUUAAAUACCAUCCUGAUAAUGUCAUUGACGUCAAGAGUAAUUGGAGUAUCGAUGGGCCCUCCAGAUCUGGUGAUAACAUCACUUUAACCGGGAACCUUCAGUUUGCAACUCCCCUGACUAAUUACAAAAAUGGAGAUAUCAAAUUACAGCUGAGGUGGGAGCCCAAUUGGAAAUUCGGAGGUGCGUCCAGCGCGGAGAUUGAUCUGAGAAAAUACACGGGGAUUUUGCGCGGCGAUCUGGCGAGAAUUAGAGAGUCUAUGAUAGAAUUUAAUUUAACAACUCCUCUGGAGAAAUACAGAUCGGUCAGCGGGAGGUUUGGCAUUUCCGAGAGAAAUAGACACAUUGUAGCUGAGGUCGUCAGUCCCUCCGGUCCCCUGGGGAUCGAGGCCCUCUGCCAACUGUUCACCAACCCCAACAAUGAUUUUAACGUCAUACUGAAGCUGUCAACUCCCAUCGAGCUCCUCCAGAGGUUCUGGAUUAUUGGAAAAAUGGCGAAAACCGAGGCCGAUUUUAGAGUGGCUUAUAAUAACAUCACUGCUGGCUUCCAGGCUGUCUGGCACUACAACAACAUCACGGAUUUCCACUACAGCUAUAUUUUGUUCACCCCGAUUCACGGAUUGCACGAGAGUGGAAUUGUGGCUAAACUCAUCGUUCCAGGCCUCAAUAGUCAGGCGCCCAAGCAGUACGCCAUCGAUACGGAAUUCUCAGUUAGAGUUGUGGAGACGAAAAUAGGGUUCAAAGCGAUCUCCGGACAAAAAAUUACUGCUCGGGGGCUGAAACUCUUGACGGAUGACGAGGCCGAUGAAGAUCACGAGGAUGACUUCAGCUGGCAUGGCGAUGCCGAAGUGAAUCUGGCUGUUGUCCCAGCAAUUACUGGGACUCUGGAUGUCGAUAAAGAUGGGAUUGUGUAUCAGGUCGCUGGAAUCCUCACAAUUCCCAAUGGAGUUGUCAUCCUCAAUGACAAAUUCACUAUUGAAGAUGUCUUCGAUAUGAAGAAUAUUCUGGAGAUCACGACGCCGUUCCCCUGGGCAGCCAGGAUCAAUUACAAUUAUGUAUUCAAAGUGGAUAUGGAGAAUUCCAUCUACUUCAUGGACACCCAGGUGCACGUGAAUCGAGUCGUCUCAGUCAACUCUUCACACUGGAUAGAGAUCGGAGUGACGGCGAAUUAUUCGUACGCCGAGGGGGACGAGGACGACUCGCAGAGCCACAGGCUCGAGUUGAUACUGAAAACACCUCUGGAAUUGUUGAAACGGAUUGACGCAGUUGGGACGUACGAGAACGACGAGAAUGUCUUCAAAUCGCGCAUUGAAAUGAGGACUAAUGAGAGUACUGUGGAGUUCAGUAGCUCCUUGGAGCUGGAAGAGCAUUUCUUCGACGGAACGUUCACGCUUGGAGUGAUCUCCCCGAUUUUGACGAUACCGACGACGAAAAUCACAGUGAAAAAGGACUUCACCGAGAGGGAAAAGAGGAUUGAGGCUGGGAUUGAGAUGAAGGAUGUGAGGAGAGCUCCAUGCAGAGUGCAAGUAGCCUGGCAGAUUGAGUCGGAAGAGCGUGCGGUGGUUUCUCUCGCUCUGGAGACGUGGAUUCAGUCCCUACCCAGUGCCGAGUUCGACGUGUCCUACUCCAACGAUCUACCUCAGAACAGGAAUCUUCAGAUUGACGCGAGACUUAAACAUCAUCCCCAGCGCGAGUACACAGUAUCAGGCACUUACGAACCGACAGGGGCUAUUCAAAUUAAUUUAUCCGGACCAGACGAUAUUGAAUAUAAAUUCGAGGGAACCCUCGAUCAAUCAAACAGACUCGUUGGAACAUUAGUGAACAUGAGAGAUUCCGAUGUUUAUCGCGUGAACGGACAAUUAAAUCUCGAGAAAGGCGAGAGGGGAAUCACCUCCUUGGACUCGGCAAUUUUAAUAUCAAAUGAUAAAAAUGGAGAUGAGCAUAACGUGAAUUUGCAGAUGACGAGAGAGGAAUAUGGAGUGAAAUUCCUGGUAGGAAGUGGUGUGAUGAACGCCAGUUCUGCGUUGAAGUACAUAAACGCAUUCAACUGGGGCGUCACCUUGGAGACUUCAUUCCCCAUCAUUCAGUCCGACCGAAGUCCGCAGACAGUCCAGUAUCGCCUAGAAGCCCGUACAAACGUCCAAGCCAACGGAAACACGAGUCUCUACAUCCGCGUGGAAUCCCCUCUGCGAGGUCUAGAGAGCCUCGAAACCUCCGGAAAUCUUCUCCUGGGAGGUGACAGCGGAGACACUAGACUCAGUCAUCGCCUCAACGCCGACCAAUACCAAUUGAAUUGCGCGUGGAAAUUGGCGUACAUGAUCGACAUGCUGUUCCGAGUGCAGGGGUCAGCGAAUGAGAGGACAGCUGGGGUCGAGGUCUUCCUGAAGAACCCGAGGAACGCCUUCACGAGCCUGAACGUAGGCUUUGACGUGAGGGUCGACGAGGAUCGCUGGAGAUGCGCCACGAACGCAACCGUUGGCUACAGAAACUCUGAGAACUUCGACGGAAUAAUUUCCGUUCAACUUCCCCCCCCAGACAACGAUGAUCACCAGAUACUAGUGAGUUAUCACAGCAAUCGCGGACUGAGAGAUGCGAAGUACGUGGUGGGUUACACCGCGGCGAAGGCAAAAACCAAUUACGCGACUGACGGAUCCGUUUUAAUCGCCGAGCGGAACAUUGACGCUCAUUUGAGAUUGAGCUGGGGUAAAUCCCCUGGGGAGUCCGUCAAUAACAUCCUCAACGCCACGUUCGAAGGGACGAAAAUAGGGCUGAAGUACUCGCUCUACACCCCAAAGUUCAUUCAAGAAGAGACUGGAAUUAUUCUAUUCAAUUACGACGGAGGCGAGGGUCAACGGAGCAUCCUCGACGCUGACGUUUACUACCCCUCGGCAACUAAAGUUGGAACUGCGCACGUUUCGUACGACAGCCUGAACAAUGUUAAUGGCACGUUGAACGCCACGACCCCAUUCCCGAGGUUCUCCUACGCAGCCUGUGACUUCGUCAUCCUGACGACGCUGAGGAGAAACAAGAGAUUCGUCAGGGUCUUCUGGCCGAACGACACUGCCUACAUGAACUCGGACUACUCUUACCAAAGCGAGAGACUGAAUUCUAAUCUCGAUGGGACUGUGCACCUGGAGAUUCCCCUGAGCACUCGUCACGUAGCUCAGCUCAAUUACGGGUACAAGAAGAGGCCUCAGGUGACCACUGGGGGGGCUCAACUGGAUUACAACAGGGAGAGGAUUCUCGACGCCAAGUACAACUCCAAGAGCGAAUCUCGUGGGGGUUUCGAUAAAGAUACAAUACAAAUCACCCUGGAGAAUCCCUUCCAACCCCUGGGUAUUGACUACAUCAAUCAGUUCGAGUACAGCGCUGGGAACGCUGGCACCAAUUACCCAACACUAGAGUCGCGAAGGGCGCAUGUCUACAGACUUGACAACAGCACUGCCUUCAGCAUCGCCGGGGAAUCGAGGAUCAGAACCACUCACGAGGGACAGGACAUCGAACUCCAAGCCGAGAGUUCCAAUAAAACAGUUAAACUACGAACGGAUUAUCAGGUGCUUCCUGGGGAGUUCAACCACAAUUGUCGGCUGGAUCUAGCCCAGGACGCUUGGGCAACGUACAGACUCAACAUCGUGAACAAAACUACUGAAGACAUGGAUAAUCAGUUCAUCGUGAUCGACAUUACGUACCCCCAUCGGAAUUUCACGAUGGACGGGUCCUACAUGAUAACCAGUCACGAGUUCAACACAGAGGGUAAACUUUCCUGGAACAAAACGUAUCCCCUGGGAGAGGAACCUUUCGAGUACGAGGAGGAGAGGCGAAUCGGCGCUGGGCUCGCGUGGAGGAAUCUAACGGAGAAUAGUGAAGGGGCCUCCGACAAACAGCUCCUCAAUUUCACUUUGAAGCACCCCAGCCUGACGAAGGACGCUAAUUUAGCGGGAUAUCUGCACAGAAGAGAUGGCAAGAUGCUGCUGAACACGACGAUCAUCGUCGACUACUCUGAGAACCCUGAGAAACUCGGGAGGCUGUCCGCAGUGGUGCACGACGACAGCAGUUCCCCCAGGGAAACCAAGUACUCUUAUUUGGUGCAGGGAAAGCACCCGAGGACGCGAUUGAAUCUAGACGUCUUCGGAUCAGUGACGAGGAACUCUUGGUCAUUCUUUCACACGUACCACAACGCGAGUUACGACAGGGGUUUCCUCCCCGGCGAGAGGGGGCAUUUGUACACGCGGAUUGACGUCCCCGAGCGGCGGAUGGAGUUCCAUCGAGAGAGCAAUGAAAUCACGAAACACCUGGAUCUCGCUUAUUACCCGACGCAUCCCGUCUACAGGAUCAACGGGAGCAUCGUGGACUCGGUUAAAUCGCUGAACGCCACUGGUGCUUACUACCUCAAUGUUCCUGAGAAACUCACCUGGAUGAUGGUGAACUACACUCCCGACGCCGUCACCAGUCUCAGGAUGUACGGGAACAUUCCCGAUGUUCGAAAUGCUGUGUUCGAUAUAUGGAGAACUUACGAGAGGGAUCUGGUGGUCAGCGACGUCUCGUUUUAUCUGAAAUUGAAUCAUUCGAGACUCGUUACGUACACUCUCAAGUGGCGGCCGGAGCUUAAAGGAGAUGUAGUGGAGAAUAUUAAGACGUCUCUGGCUGAUCUGUACGCGGAAUUUGGGAGGGAUGUGGAUUAUUGGAAGUACUACGUCAAGAGUGAGAGCGUCAGCGCUGUCAACGAGAUCUGGGACGAUGCUAAGGACGACCUGCGGGGGUACAUCAACGACUGGGAGAACCUGAAGGAGCUCGACGACGAUUUGCAGAAGCUGAAGAUAUAUCUUAAUGACUCCUACAACGCCAAUGAUUUUUACAUCAAAGAUAUGGUCGCCGUGGGGAUGUACGUGAUGGAUGAACUAGCUUUGAGAAAACAUAUCGAGUCCCUGCCGAAUAUUUUCAACGAAAUCUGGGAGAUAAUGGGAGAGUCUGGGGAAGCCAUCAGGAAUUCUCUCCUGUGGGUCAUUGAGGCGACCAAGGCUGCGUACAAAAAAAUCUGCGAAAUCGCAAGUGCUGUUCUCAAGGGAGAAUCAAUCUCACAGAUUGCUCAAAUUAUAGAGAAAAUUGUCGAGAAGUACGAUAAAUUCGUGAAGGAUCUUCACGUGUCGUUCAUCAAAUACAUCCAGAAGUUGUGGAGCAGUGUAUCUCUGGCGAUUAAUAAACAGUGGGACAGGAUUCUAAAGGCUAUGGAGCCACUGUUCAUCCGAGUUCUUCAUUAUUUAGAAGCUGUCCUCUGGAAGGCGAGCAAAGAGAUUCUGGAUUUUUUGUACGACCGCAGGAAUGAACUCAUCAAAUCCCCGUACUUCGACAGACUGGCUAAUUUCACGCAGGACGUGGACAAAUUGUACCGGGAUAUCAAGGCCAAUGACAUAAUCACGAACAUCAGAAAGUACUCAGCGAUCAUCAUUUCGUUCCUGCAGGAGCGAUACUUCACGAUGGUUCCAUUUGGAAAGGAACUGAAAGCCAUCAUCGAUGAGAUACUAACGGAGCUCUCGGAGUUGAAGAAACUGCCGAGCGUUCACUUCGCCCUCGACAAAUUCAAUUACAUUUACGAACGAGUCAGCUACUUCUACAAAUACUUCGGCGUGCAAGCGAAGCUGGAAAAAACUAUACGAAUAAUUCACGCCAAGUUGAUGGACGUGAGUCAGAGUGCGCUUCAAGCUGAGAGUAAAUACAGAGAGGCGAAGACUAAAUUCAUAUUCGAUCCGAACAUCGGGCUCAUGUGUCUCGAGCAGAAGCUGCCCGUCUCGUGGCACGCGUUCAAUCAGACCCCGGAAUUCCAGGAGAUCCCUGAGUACAGGGCAAUCAUUGAUCUGCGGGACUACUUCACGACCUCGAACGCAACUUUCUGGACACUCUAUUACCGGUUCAGACCCUACACCGAUCCCUACAAUCUACUGCCGCCCUUCAAAGCCCAGGCGAUGAUCGUUGGCCAUCAACACUACGUCACAUUCGACGGUCAUCACUACGCUUUCGUCGGGAAUGGAACUUAUCUGCUGGCCAGUGACUUUGUAGCCAGCGAAUUUGCUGUUCUGAUAUCUUACGACAAUUCGCCCGUUGCAGAAGCAAAUUCCACAGUGAAGCACAAGAUUAUCGUGCUCUGCGGACCCCAGGAGAUCGAAAUAGAUGUCUUCGCUGACACCGUUGCCAUCCGCAACUCCAAUGACUCCCUCCGACUUCCUAUGGAAUUGGAAAAUGGAAUGGGAUUUGUGCAUCAAAAAGAGAGCAUUGUAACGGUGGAAUUGAAGAGGGGACUGUUCAACCUCAAAUGCAAUCUUAAAUACGACGUAUGUGUCCUGGAAUUAGCGGGAUGGUACUUCGGAAAAACAGCGGGAUUGCUGGGCACAAUGAACCACGAAGGCUACGACGACACGAUUCAAUCGAGUGGAGUUGUUGCGGGUGAUAUUCUCAGUUUUGGGAACAGUUGGAGAAUCCCGGAGGCAAAUCAAUUAGAAAAUAAUCCCCCGCCCCUCAGGAAUCUGGCAACAGCUGGUGAUGCUGAUGAGGAGGCCCUCAAAUUCUGCCAGAAUAUCUUCUCCAACAAGAGCUCGGAAUUCGGCGACUGUUUUGCAGUGGUCGAGCCCGCAUUUUACGCAACAGCAUGCGCAAAUUCAAGAUCAGUGUCUGACGCUUGUACACUAGCGAUAUCUUACAUGCAGAUCUGCGGGUUCUAUGAUACGUUUUUGAGAAUUCCAGACAUUUGUACUUUCUGUCCCAUGAGUGACGGAUCUGCAGUUCCCGAGGGGGAGUUCCGAACACUAGAGGGAAAUCGCGUGCCCAAGUCCACGGAUGUUGUUUUCAUUGUUGAGGCGAAGAGUUGUAAUUACGAUGUAAAACAGAAUCGAAGUGUUAGUACUCUCGUGAGUCAGAUUAGUAAGGAACUCAUGGACAGUGGGCUGAAGAAUAAUCGCUGGGCACUUGUGACUUUCGGAGGUGACGGGGUUUAUGAUAAACCGAGGAGUCUCAUUCUUGAUAAUAAAAUAUUCACGCAGGAUACCGAGAGAUUCCCCGAUUAUUUCGAUACCAUUGGCAUUGGGAAUGGCAAUCAGGACGUGUUUGGGGCGAUAGCGUUUGCCUCGCAAUUAGUUUUCAGAGCCGGUGUGUCCAAGACCUUCAUCCUGAUGCCCUGUUCGCACUGCGAACCCCAGAACCAGACGUUGGAAUAUUCUGUUAUUAAUCAGGUACUGCUCGAGCACGAAACUACACUUCAUAUUCUCAUGGAUGGAGACUUUAAUUUCAAUAAGCAGAGGCUGAGUAAAAUAUUUUAUGGCCUCGACGCGACAAAAUCCUACACCAGGAAAGAUGUGAAGAUUCUGAGUGGUGAUGUCGACCUCAGGCGUCAAGUUAAAUUGUCUAAGAGUGCUUUGGGGUACUGCACCCCACUCUCUCUCGAGUCUAAUGGAACGAUAUUCAGUGGGAAUAAGUUGAGGUUUGAGAAACCCACUGCUGUCAAGAAAUUUGCUAGUGUUUUUGCGAAGAGAGUCGCAGCAACUGCCUCCCCCAGCUCCUGUCAACACUGCGAGUGCACUGCGGAUAAUGACGGCGUCACUCACAUGGACUGUAUGCCCUGUGUCUAUCCCAUGCCGACGUAUGUCGAUUAUGUCAGCGAAACUUUCAAUGAAGACGACACAUUGUCAGUCCUUCAACCGAUGGACGUCGACUACGUUCAAAUUGAUGAUGUAGAAGACUAAUUUAACGUAUACACGUAUAUUCUCUUCAAUAUCACAACUCUCAUGAGUUUCAGUUUGUAUUAUAUUUGAAAUAAUGACAUUGUUAAAUCAAAUUUAUAAUAUUUCACAUGUGUCAUAUAAAACCAUUUUCUAAUGUUCAAUUUGUAUACCAAUAGUAUAAUAACGACAAUAUCAUAUUUACCUCUA